AUGAAAAAAAGCAAUGAUUUUCAAAAUGUAAAUGUAAGAGGUUCAAAAAAACUUAGAAUUUCUAACCAUAUUGCAAGCCUUUAAGCUUAAUAAAUGCUUAUGAGGGCAUAAUUAAAAAAAUAUGAAGAAUAUUUAUAAAAAAAUUAUCAUGAUAGAGAAUUACUUAAUGUGUCAAAAAGUCAUCCUAAGUACAAUUACUUGAUCAAAUUAAGAAACCCAGAAGAAAUCAGAAUAGAAAAAAUCAUUGAUUAAGGUAAAAAUUCUAUCAAAUAUAAAGCUAAAAACCUAUUCAUUUCUAAAUAAUAUUGUGAAACUAUCAUAUUGUUAGACUCAACAACUGCAUCUUCAAAAAAUUGCUAAGCUACUAUUUUAUAACAUAAAAGUAUACAUUUUACUAGUUUUUAAGUAAGAGCCUUAAUUAUUUUGGAAUUAUUCGAGAUAUCAUUAGUCAAUAUAGAUAACCUACUUUAGAUUAAACCUGAAGUUGUUUAUUACAUUAUUAAAUGUAUUUCAAUUAUCAAUUAUAAGUUUUUAUCUUAUAUUUGAUGAAACAAUUUUAUAAGGCAAAAUAAUCUCUUUUGGAAGCAUCUAAAUUAAAUAUUGAAGAAUUAGCAAAAUUUAUGAAUCCGUUAAUUCCUGAUUAUAAUAUGAAUCAAACUCACUAAGUUGAAAAUGAAAAUGCUCAGCCAAAAUUUUUUAGUAAUUAAUAUAAUUAUUUAAAUUAGUUUAAAAUGUUGAAUAAUAUAUAACUGCUAUCCUAAAUUUUAGGCAAGACAGAGAUGAUGAAAAUUUUAAAAUCUUAAAAAUGUUAAAUAUAUCUGUUUUCAAUUAAGAAUCUUUGAAUUAGAAAAAUUAUUUAGAUAAUUUUAGUACUUAGGCUAAACAAUUUUGUGAUAUUUAAAUUGGCAAAAAUCUAUCAAAUUUUAUUUACAUUCAUCAAAAAGGUAUAAAUAUAUCAUUAAUCUUUAGCUAUUUUAUUAAUUAAAUUAAGGGAUUAUACUGGAGCAGAAAAACUAUUAUAGCAUAACAAAAACAAUAAUCUUGAAAAUCAAUAAUAUGUUCAGACAUAUGGUUUAUAUUUUAUGUGUAUUAUUGUAGCAAAGUUUUUGUAUGAUUAAAAUGCAUUAGAUGAAAGCUUGUAGAUGUGGAACCAUUCCUUAAAAAUAGAUCCAUAAAAUUCUUACUCACACUAUUUUAAAGGUAUUAUUUAAAAUAUUCUAUUUAAGGUUUAACUUUAUUUAAAUAAAAAAAUUAUGAGAAAGCUCUGAAAAGUAUUACAAAAGCUUCAUAAAUUUUACCUGAAUGUGUUGAAUUUAUCAGUUGUAAAGGUUUACGUUUUUAUUUAAAUUAACUUAGCUGGUGUUUUACUAAUUAUAAAGCAAUAUGAAAAAGCCAUUUAAUUUUAUAACAAAGCAAUAAGCUUAUCACCUAAGUAGAAUUUUUACUAUUAUUAUAAAGGUACAUAUUUUAAACAAAUUUAGCAAAUUGUUUGUAAUAAAUAGGGAAAUUUGAAGAGUCUCUUCUAAAUUAUGAUCUAGCUAUAGAAAUAUAUCCCUGGAAAGCUGAUUUUUAUUUAUAAAAAGGUUUGAUUAAAAUAAUAUUUUAAGGCUAAGCGUUAGAACAAUAUGGUUAAUUAGUUAAAGCACUUGAAUACUAUUGGAAAGCUAUUGAUUUAGAUUCAGAAAAUGAAAUUUAUUAUUUGAUACUUGGUUUUCCUUUCUUAAUUAUUAAUUAGCAAGAUGUUUAAAUUUACAAAAUAAAUAAUAAGAGGCAAAAAAAAUUUUGUAAAAGUGCUUAAGGUCCAUUCCAUCCUCAUUUCGAGUUUUUUUGGAGCUAGGUUCAUCGAAUAUAUAAAUUUUAGGAGCUUUAUUAUUGUAAUAGGGAAAUUAAAAGAAUGCCAUAAAUUCUUUUGAAUAUUCUUUAAAAUAAAGUCAAAAUAGUUCUGAAAUAAGCUAUGAAAUUAGUAAAUUUAAUAAUUAAUUGAAGCAAAACAUUUAUAUAAUUAAGGUCUAUUUAAUCUAGCAAUCUAAUACAUUAAUUUAGCUAUUGAAAAAGAUUAAAACAACUAAGAUUAUAUAAUUUUAAAAGGUAGAGUAUAUAUUAAAAUUGUUAAGCAAAACUCACAGCUAACAUCAAUAAUCCACAAAAAGCCUUGGAUUAUAUUGAAUAAAAUAUUCAUGUUAAAUAAAAUAAUCCCUAUUACUUUUCUAUUAAAGGUACUUUCUUAUGUUAAUUCAAGGCUAUUUAUUAUUACAACAAAAUAAAAUUAAUGAAGCCUUAGAAUUUUUUGAUAAAACCCUGAAAAUAUAUCCUUAUGAAUCUGAAAUUUUAACUUAUUCAGGUUUUAAAAACUACUAAUUAUAGCUGAAUGUUUACAGAAACUUGGGCGAUUUAAUGAAUCUUUAGAAAGAUGUAAUCGUUCCAUUUAAAUAAAACCUUUAGCAAGCUCUUAUAAUUAGAAGGGUAUAUAUAAUAUUGAAAAUUUAGGAAUCACAUUAAAAGAAAUGAAACGUCGAGAAGAAGCUUUAGAUAAUUAUAAUUUAGCUAUUAAAAUGAAUCCGAAAGAACCUUUAUUUUAUUAUCAUAAGGGUCAGAUUAUUAUUCAAUUUUCAAGGUCUUCUUUUAUUUGAAACAUCACAUUAUAACAAUGCUUUGUAAUAAUAUGAAAUAGCCCUAUAAUUAAAUCCUGAAUUAUAUUUGUGUCUUAUCGAAAAAUGUAAAUAUCUUGGAUAAUUAUUAUUCAGGCAGAACUUUAAAUAAACUUAAAUUAAAAAAUUAAGCUCUAAAAGUAUUUGAAAAAGUUUCAUAGAUGUCUCACUAACCUUAAUACUCUAUUUAUCUUUUUAAUUAUGGUAAUCUAUGAGAUUAUAUUUUAAGGUGUGUUGUUACAAGAAUUAAAUCUUUUUGAGGAAGCUUUAUAGCUAUUAUGUUAAGCAACAAAUUAAAAUUAAAAUCUUCCUGGAAUCUUCAAGAUUAUUGGUAUAUAUUAGAAUCAAUUUCUAAGUAUAAUCUUUAGUUGAAACUAAUAAAUAUGAUGAGGCUUUGAGUUUUGUUAAGGAAUUCAAAAAUAAUAAUUACCAAGAUUAUCAUAGUUAUAAAGGUUAAAAUUUAUUACUAAUUUAGGAAUUAUAUUAAUCAAUAAAAAAUGCUAUUAAAAAGCUCUAAAUUGUUUUUAAAAGGCUAUUUUGAGAGAUUCAUCAAGUUAUUCACUUUAUUAUCAUAAAGGUAUGUUUUGAUUAACUAAUUUUAGGUAUUGCUUUAUUGUAAAUUUAUUUUGAGCAUUAUACUUAAUCUAAAUAAUUCUCAGGAAGCACUUGAAGCGUUUGAACAGAGUAUAAUAUAUAAUCCUGAAUAAUUUUAAAGCUUUAAUCAAAUUGGUUAGUAUUAAUCAUACAAUUUAAAGGUGUCUUGUUAUUUAAAUAGAAAAAAUAUGAAGAUGCUUUAAAAUAUUUUCAAGAUGGUUUGCAUAGAAAACCCUAAUCAUCAACCUUUUACGGAAAUUUAGGUUAAAUUAUGUUUAUCAAAUAGCAAUCACAUUAACUAAAAUUCUAUAGUAUGAGAAUGCUUUGAAAUAUAUAGAAAAUGCCAUAACUUUAGAACCAAAUAAUCAUAAACUAAUCAAUCAAAAAGGUAUUUUAAUAAAAAUUUAUUUUAGGCUUAUUGUUAGCAUAAAUGGGAAGAAGAAAAGAAGCUAUUAAAUUUUUUUAAUAAAAUAUAUCUUAAUAUCCAGAUAAUCCAAUUUAUUAUAUAAAUAGAGGAAAGAUUAUUAAUUAAAUAUUCUAGGAUAUAUUUUGGCGAAAUACUAAGAAGAAUAAGAAAUUAUCAACUUUGAUUAAAAUGAAAAUGCAGUAAUUAACUAUAAAUUUGGUACUUAAUUAAUUGAUUUGGAAUUUAAUUAAUAAUAAGAAAUCCAAGAUCAGCAUUUUAUGUCUCUCAUUAAUUAUAAUUUUGGUAAAAUAUAAUUAUUAUCUCAAGGAGUUGCACUAUUUAAAAUAAAGAAAUAUGAUGAAGCAAUUAUAAAAUUCGAUAACGCACUUAAAUUGGAUGCAACUUUAGUUUAAUCUUACUUAAUGAAAGGUAAAUUCGAUGUUUGAAAUAAUUUAGGAGAAAUCUU